CCAAGUAAGCAGCAGAAAAAAGAUGCAUUGUCUACAUUAAUUGAUGUUGUUAAUCUUCUGGAAUCUCAAAAUAAUGAAGAUAAUGAUGUCGUUGAUCUUCUGGAAUCUCAAAAUAAUGAAGAUAAUGAUGUCAUUGAUGAUUCUUUAAAUAAAAAUCAGGAUCCG